UAGGUGGACGCAAGGUAGUCGAGUUCUAGUGGAUCCGGAGCCCAGGAAGGAACAUGGCGUAUACACAAGGAACAAAGAAGAAAGUGUGCUAUUACUAUGAUGGGGAUGUUGGCAAUUAUUAUUAUGGGCAGGGGCAUCCAAUGAAGCCUCACAGGAUCCGUAUGACACACAAUCUGCUGCUUAAUUAUGGAUUGUACAGGAAGAUGGAAAUCUAUAGACCACACAAAGCCAGUGCUGAAGAAAUGACAAAAUAUCACAGUGAUGAUUACAUCAAAUUUCUACGUUCCAUCCGGCCAGACAACAUGUCUGAAUACAGCAAGCAGAUGCAAAGAUUUAAUGUUGGCGAAGACUGUCCUGUGUUUGAUGGUCUCUUUGAGUUCUGCCAGUUGUCAACAGGAGGAUCUGUUGCAAGCUCUGUUAAACUAAACAAGCAGCAAACGGACAUUGCUGUAAACUGGGCAGGUGGACUUCAUCACGCCAAGAAAUCUGAAGCCUCUGGUUUUUGCUACGUCAAUGACAUAGUGCUUGCCAUUUUGGAACUGCUUAAAUAUCAUCAGAGAGUGCUGUACAUUGAUAUUGAUAUUCAUCAUGGUGAUGGUGUGGAAGAAGCUUUUUACACCACAGACAGAGUCAUGACUGUUUCUUUUCAUAAAUAUGGAGAAUAUUUUCCAGGAACUGGGGACCUGAGGGACAUCGGGGCUGGAAAAGGUAAAUACUAUGCAGUGAACUACCCAUUGCGAGAUGGUAUUGAUGAUGAAUCCUAUGAAGCCAUAUUUAAACCGGUGAUGACUAAGGUUAUGGAAAUGUACCAGCCCAGUGCUGUUGUCCUGCAGUGUGGUGCAGAUUCACUUUCUGGGGACAGACUUGGGUGCUUUAAUCUAACUAUCAAAGGACAUGCUAAAUGUGUGGAGUUUAUGAAGACCUUCAAUUUACCACUGCUGAUGUUAGGUGGUGGUGGCUACACAAUUAGAAAUGUUGCCCGCUGUUGGACAUUUGAGACAGCUGUGGCCCUGGACACAGAGAUACCCAAUGAGCUUCCAUACAAUGACUAUUUUGAAUACUUUGGCCCUGACUUCAAACUUCACAUCAGCCCUUCUAAUAUGACAAACCAGAACACAAAUGAGUACCUGGAAAAGAUCAAGCAAAGACUGUUUGAGAAUCUACGUAUGCUUCCCCAUGCGCCUGGUGUACAGAUGCAGGCAAUUCCUGAGGAUGCUGUGCAGGAUGAUAGUGGUGAUGAAGAUGAUGAUGAUCCUGACAAGCGCAUUUCCAUUCGAUCUUCAGAUAAGAGAAUUGCAUGUGAUGAAGAAUUCUCGGAUUCUGAGGAUGAGGGUGAGGGAGGACGUAGGAAUGUUGCCAAUUUCAAAAAGGCAAAGCGUGCCAAAACAGAGGAUGAAAAAGAUGGCGAAGAUAAGAAAGAUAUCAAAGAGGAGGACAAGCUAAAAGAAGAAAAGCCAGAAGCUAAACGGGUAAAAGAAGAGACCAAAACUGCCUGAUCCUUUUAAGUCUCCGAAGACAUCUCUAGACCAAUUGAUCCUUAUGGUCAUAUAUUUUAUAUCUGCCUUGUACAGUGAUACUUAUAUAAAAUAUUAUGACCUACACAGUCUAAAUUAUUAUUGUUCUAUUGGUUGGCGAGAGGAUUAGACCAGAGGUCUUUUUUCCUCUUUGUAUGUUUAGGUAUUAAGUCCUGUGCCCCACUCCUGUCAAAUUGGGCAGUGGCUUAAUAUUAAACCAAGCUCUGCUCUUAAUGCAAGAAGCCUACAUGAACCCUUUUCCUGUUCUACAUCAUUUUGUCGGUGAAGGCGCACUGGUACAGUAGGUUGCCUCUGACUGAUCUUUCUUUGCAUAAUUCUGCUGCUGUUUC